AUGGCUGGGCAAACGACGAGCCGCGGAGCUCGGUCAUGGCUACAUUGGACUUCUCUCCUCUCCGUUCUUCUUAUGCUUAACGCCGGCGUGAUCGUCUUCGCAGCACUGCGUAUUCAGCCAAGCGACGCAGCAUGUGAUCGUCACACCUAUCCGUGGUCCCCGGCGCUGGAAAUGGUCAACUACCGCUGGAGGACGUUUGAGAAUCACCAAUUCGCAAUUGCUACGCCUUACUUUGGGUUCGCACCCACGGACCAGAUCGAAGACGCCUGGGAUGAGUUACUUCCAAAGCACCCCAUUUCCAUCUCGGCUUCUCGACUUCAUGAUCUGGCCCAACCCGGGCCUGCUGACGCCCCGACCUGGGUUCGCAACCCGGAGGACCCCGACUCCAUCCUUGCGCUGCCGGAAUAUGCCGUGCAGCUUGGCUGUCUGAACUUUCUCCGCCAGGUGGGCUACCGAACUUCUCGCGAUUAUACUCAUCUCAAGGCCUUUCAAGGCGGCGAGGACCUUGUCUGGGAGCGAGCAUACCAAUGUCUUGAGCGAUUACGCCAGGCCGUCAUGUGCUGGGGAGACGUAGGCGCCAUUACUCUCUAUUACGAUGACCACGGAAAGCCCAAUGAGAUGCCAGGCUCCGAGUCAGACAGGGACGUGUCGUUCGAUUUUGGGACCCUGCACUACUGCCGGAACUUUGACACUCUGAAUCACUGGACGAAGAGAAAUGGCGUGCAGAGUGUUACCAUGGACAAUCUGUGGUGGGGAGGAAGCAACAACGUUGUUUAA